UUGGUGAGCUCUCAUCCAGCCGAGGGUUUCGGUGCGACUCCGGGCCCCCAUGAAGGGCGAGGAUCCGGCCGUCAGGAGCCCUGAAUCCAGGAUGGAGCUGCUCAGCCCGCCGCCGGUAAAGGAUCACUCGCCGAACGUCACGGAGAAGGUCACGCAGGUGCUUUCUUUGGAGUCGGACGUUCUGCCAGAAUACAAACUCCAGGUGCCGGAGACGACCUGGUGGAUCCUGCUCCACUACAGCCCCUUCAAGGCCUUCUGGGACUGGAUUAUCCUGCUGCUGGUGCUGUACACGGCCGUCUUCACGCCGUACUCGGCCGCCUUCCUGCUGGACGAGCACGGCAGCCCGCGACAGAGGCGAUGCGGCUUCACCUGCAACCCUCUGAACGUGGCGGACCUCAUGGUGGACGUGCUGUUCAUCGUCGACAUAGUCAUCAACUUCCGCACCACGUACGUGGACCACAACGACGUCGUGGUCACGCAGCCGGGCCGCAUAGCCAAGCAUUACAUCAAGGGCUGGUUUUCCAUCGACGUGCUCGCGGCGACCCCCUUUGACCUCCUCAUCUUCAGAUCCGGGUCUGACGAGAUGGCGACCUUAACGAGCCUGCUGAAAACGGCGCGGCUGCUGAGGCUGGUCCGUGUGGCCAGGAAGCUGGACCGCUACUCCGAGUACGGCGCCGCCGUCCUCUUCUUGCUCAUGUGCACCUUUGUGCUCAUCGCCCACUGGCUCGCCUGCAUCUGGUACGCCAUCGGCUUCGUGGAGAGGCCGUACACGGAGACCGGCUGGCUGGACAACCUGGCUGAGCAGCUGGGGAAGGCGUACAACGAGAGCGACUCCACGUCCGGCCCGUCGGUCAAGGACAAAUACGUCACGGCUCUCUACUUCACCCUGAGCAGCCUGACGAGCGUGGGCUUCGGAAACGUCUCUCCAAACACCAACUCCGAGAAGAUCUUCUCCAUCUGCGUCAUGGUCAUCGGAUCGCUCAUGUAUGCCAGCAUAUUCGGAAACGUCUCCGCCAUCAUCCAGAGGCUUUAUUCCGGCACCACCCGCUACCACACCCAAAUGCUGCGGGUCAAAGAGUUCAUCCGCUUCCACCAAAUCCCGGGCGGCCUGCGGCAGAGGCUGGAGGAGUACUUCCAGCACGCCUGGUCGUACACCAACGGCAUAGACAUGAAUGCUGUGAGUAGAAGAAAGGUGAUGAGGGGUUUCCCCGAGUCCUUGCAGGCAGACAUCUGUUUGCACCUGAAUCGCUCGCUGCUGCAGAACUGCAAGGCUUUCCGCGGAGGCAGCCAAGCUUGUCUGCGGACGUUGGCCAUGAGGAUCAAGACCGUGCACGCGCCUCCGGGGGACACGCUGAUCCACUACGGAGACUUCCUGGACUCGCUCUUCUUCAUCUCACGUGGCUCCGUCCAAGUCAUGCGGGAUUACGUGGUCGUAGCUUUGUUAGAAAAGAACGACAUAUUUGGGGAGCCCAUCCACCUGUACGACGAGCCGGGCCGGUCCAACGCCGACGUGUACGCCGUCACCUACUGCGACCUGCACCGCAUCCCGAGGGACGACCUGCUCGACGUUCUGGAUAUGUACCCAAGCUUUGCCGACAACUUCUGGAGGAACCUGGAGAUCACUUAUGACCUGCGAGACCAGACUGAUCAAAUGGCGCCGACAACUGAUGAAUCCGGGGAUGACGAUGAAUACCGCCACAAACCGAGGCACAGGAUCCACUCCCUUAACUGCAGAAUAAGACCGGACGGAAUCGACCACGAAGACUCGCACCUCCAUCAGUCCUGCCGUCACUCGCCUCCUCAGGCUGGAUGGGAGGAUCUCCGGAGCUGUGGCUCCUCCUCCUCUCAGUCGUCUGAGGGUCUGUCCAAGCCGCCCGCCCAUAACGCCAGAGUGGAGCUCUACCCGGCGGAGGACCCCAGACGGCAGUACUCCCCCUGUGUGGCCCGCCGGCUGCCCCAGAGCGCCGCUCCAGUGGGGAGGGAGGCGGCGUUGAACCAAGCUUCGUCCUUGAAUCUGCCGGGGAUGUAUCGAUACUGGCCGGAUCAACAGCAGUCGCAGCAGCUUUCUGAUCGCGUUUUACGAUCCUCUUCCAUCGGGAACCCAAACCCCGCUGCCGUGAUCUCAGAGGAAAGGCCCAGUGAGCUGGAGUCUCAGCUGGAGGUCCUGCAGUCGCAGCUCAACAGGCUGGAAACUCGCAUGACGGCCGACAUCAAUGUCAUUCUCCAGCUUCUGCAGAGACAGAUUGCUCCGGUUCCCCCGGCCUACUGCACCGUGUCGCCGCCUAUUGAUUCAUCUGCGCUGUAUGGGACCGCGGCGCCGGGAGUGCACGGCUUAUGUGCCGUCUCUCCAGUGCAGAUGGACUGCAGGGCAUCCAAACAGAGCUUGAACCAGACGGAUCCUAAAUCCUCCAAGAAGUCCCAAGAGUCCCUGUCCAGCGGCGUCCAUAUGACCGCGGCCUCUGACGACACGCUGUCCAUGACCGUCAGCCCUGAAACUGAGACUCGUGGCGCUUUAACCCAGAAGUUACCGCAGCAGCAGUCGCCCAAAUCGGCACUUCAACCCAACUCCAGGCUGAGUGAGACGGCCCGCUACCCUUCCUUACCCGUGAACCUGGAGCUGACCACGGGACCGGCCCAGAUCCAGAAACACGCCUCAGACCCGGCGCUACCCGUCACCUGACUGGUCGGCUCCACCUGGAAAGAACGAACUCUAAAAGUUACUCUCAGGUUUUUUGUUUUUUUUUUGUUGAACAGGAGCCACGUAACAAACCCGUCUAUCAGUGCAUCACAUGCAGUGCCUUGCAAAGGUGUCCUCAGCCGGUAAACUCCUCCACGUCACAACCUCAAACCUUAACGGACUUCGUUGGGAUUUAAUGUGGUAGACCAGGACGAAGUAGUGCGUAGCUGUGAAGUGAAGCCAGAAUUUAUGGUUUCCUAAUGUAAAAGAUUAAUAAAAAACUCCUAAAAACACA